CAUUGGCGUGAGUGGUUGUGUGAAAGGUUAGUUCAUCGAGGAUUAUAAAAAAAAGGCGAAAGGGGAAUUGCAAAAUGUACGGUUUCGUCAACUACGCUUUGGAACUUCUCGUUCUGAAGUCAUUCGGCGAGGAAACAUGGGAAAAAAUUAAAAAGAAAGCUGCAGUAUCUAUGGAAGGAAGUUUCCUUGUUCGUCAGAUUUACGAGGAUGAAAUAACUUACAAUCUUAUAACAGCUGCUGUCGAAAUAUUACAGACCCCUGCCGACGCAAUCUUGGAGUCCUUCGGUAGGACUUUCUUCGAAUUCUGUCAGGAUUCUGGAUAUGAUAAAAUUUUACAAGUCCUCGGAGCCAAUCCGCGUGAUUUCUUACAAAACUUGGACGGUCUGCAUGACCAUCUGGGCACGCUGUACCCGGGCAUGCGAUCUCCGUCGUUCCGUUGCACCGAGCGGCCGGAAGAUGGCGCCCUCGUGCUGCACUACUACUCCGACAGGCCCGGCCUUGAGCAUAUCGUCAUCGGGAUUGUCAAAACGGUAGCUAGCAAGCUGCACAAUACCGAAGUGAAAGUGGAGAUAUUGAAAACGAAAGAGGAGUGCGACCAUGUGCAGUUCCUCAUCACGGAGACCUCGACGCCAGGACGUGUGUCCGUGCCCGAGAUUGCUGAAAUCGAAACACUGUCUUUAGAGCCUAAAGUGAGUCCGGCGACAUUCUGCCGCGUGUUCCCCUUCCACCUGAUGUUUGACCGCGAGCUGAACAUCGUGCAAGCGGGACGCACUGUCUCCCGUCUCUUGCCGCGCGUCACCACACCCGGAUGUAAGAUCACUGAAGUCCUGGAUACGGUGCGACCGCAUUUGGAGAUGACAUUCCAGAACGUCCUCGCCCACAUUAACACUGUGUACGUGUUGAAGACCAAGCCAGAGGAAAUGAACGCCACUGACCCACAUGAAGACAUCGCUUCCCUUCGUCUCAAGGGCCAAAUGCUGUACAUUCCAGAAACCGAUGUGAUUGUAUUCCAGUGUUAUCCCAGCGUAACUAAUCUAGAUGAUUUGACUCGACGCGGGCUGUGCAUCUCCGACAUCCCGCUGCACGACGCGACUCGCGACCUCGUGCUGAUGUCGGAGCAGUUCGAGGCAGAUUACAAACUGACGCAGAGCCUCGAGGUGCUCACCGACAAGCUGCAGCAGACAUUCCGCGAACUCGACUCCGAGAAACAGAAGACAGACAGACUGCUGUACUCGGUGCUGCCGAUCAGCGUGGCGACGGAGCUGCGUCACCGGCGGCCCGUGCCCGCGCGCCGCUACGACCCCGUCACCCUGCUCUUCAGCGGCAUCGUCGGCUUUGCCAACUACUGCGCCCGCAACACCGACCACAAGGGCGCCAUGAAGAUCGUCCGCAUGCUUAAUGAUCUCUACACCGCCUUUGAUGUCCUCACCGACCCUAAGAAGAACCCUAAUGUUUAUAAGGUGGAGACGGUGGGAGACAAGUACAUGGCGGUGUCAGGUCUGCCAGAGUAUCAGGUGGCACACGCGAAGCACAUCUGCUUGCUGGCACUGGAGAUGAUGGACCUCUCCAAGACCGUCACUGUCGACAACGAGCCUGUUGGUAUAACAAUCGGCAUCCACUCCGGGGAGGUGGUGACAGGUGUGAUAGGUCACCGCAUGCCGCGCUACUGUCUGUUCGGCAACACCGUCAACCUGACCAGCCGCUGCGAGACCACCGGCGUGCCCGGCACCAUCAAUGUCAGCGAGGAUACUUACAGCUGCCUGAUGGGAGAAGAUAAUUACGACGAUCAAUUCGAGCUGACUUAUCGCGGACAUGUUUCCAUGAAGGGCAAAGCCGAACCGAUGCAGACCUGGUUCCUGACUAGAAAGAAGAUUUAAGUAUUCGUAUACACCGACAAACUUAUCUCAACCGGUGGGCAAGAGUGAUACUAAAUUACAAUAGCUCAUUAGCGCCCUCUCACAAUGUUAAAGUGGUAUAGACCGACAAGGAUAUCUGACCCGGUAAUACCCGAUAAGUCAAACUAAAUUAUUAUAGCUCACUAGCGCCCUCAUCUCAAUUUAAAAAAAAGUAUCGCAAAGUCCUUUUCGUUCUGUAGCUGUCAAGUUAGUUUAUUUAAGCCAUUUUUCUUUACAUUUUUUCCAACAGAACUAAACGUGGUAGAAACAGUUCAGAUAUCCUUGUUUGAUCCUUUUAUAAACUUUUUUGACUAAUCCUACCGUUACGACAACAGCGCCACCCUCACCGGGCCAGAUAAGUUUCUCACACUAUAUGAAAUUUCAUUUUCACUUGAUGUUUUAUUACACUUAUAUAAAUUAAAAUACUAUUCAGACAUGAAUGUGCAACAAACCACAUCUAAUUGUGACGUCAUAAACGAGAGGUCAUUGACUCGCACGUUCUUAUUUCAAACAUACCAAAUAGUAGUAAUUGUUAUGCAAAGAUUUUAGUCCCUUGUUGACUCCUUGAAUAGUGUACUAUUUUACCGUUGGUUUCUGAGACCAAAUCUGUCAUUACUUUUGACAAAACAAAGAAUACAAUAUCUUUUAAACGGUUAUUUUGGUUUCAGAAACCCACGAUUAAUGUUACUUCGGUGUUAUUGAUUUCGUUUUAGAGUUUAUCUUUACAAUUUUAACAUGGCUAAAAACCUGAAUGUUUAAUCAACUGUAAUUUCCUAUAAAGUCAUUUAUAAUAUUAACCACUAUUUUAUUAUUCGUUGUAUUCUUAGUAGAGUAUAACUAACUAAAUAAGUAUAUAGAAAUGUAGAAAAUCUAUGCUUGGCCUAUUCUAAAGUACUAAAAUGUAUUUAAACUGAUAUAUAAACACGGCUAAAAACUCACGUAUAUUCGUCCGGUGGCGGCACCGACUAGUUUUGUGCCCCCGGAAACUUGAACAACACCACCGACGCUUUGGUAUCAACAUCUUCGACGACGCCGGCAUAACCCGCGCCCCCGCCCCCUCAAGACGCGCCCUAAGAGCUCAGGCGCGCAGUGAGCGACGGGCCGCGUCCGCGAAAUAAUACCAGUACCACUCAACCUGAUGAAGGGC